AAUUUGCAGUACUGAACGGUUCGGUAGACUCAGUAAAUUUGUUUAACAAUACAAUUAAGUUAGUGAUUUGUGAAUAACUAGAAAAUGUUGUGCCUUAAGAUCACAAUCGCACUUGCAUCGAUUGGAGCUAUAUAUGCGGGAAUCAUUGAUCAUCAACAACAUGGAUAUCAUAUUGUAACAAAGCAUGGCCAUCAUUACGGUCAGAAUGAUGGUGGUUAUGGAGGUGGUGAAGGAUAUGGAGGAGGAGGAUUCGGUGGCGGAGAAGGGUCAGGAAUCGGCGGCGGUAGUUUCGGCAACGGUAAUUUCGGCGGCGGUAGUUUUGGCAACGGUAAUUUCGGCGGCGGUAAUCUAGGCGGAUAUGGAGGAGGAUAUGGUGGUGAUUAUGGUCAUCAUGACUACUAUGAACAUCCUAAAUAUAAAUUUGACUAUGGAGUAAAGGACCCUCACACCGGUGAUCAUAAAAAGCAAUGGGAAACUCGUGAUGGUGAUGUUGUGAAAGGCGGAUAUACAUUGGAUGAACCAGACGGUACUACUCGAGUCGUUGAAUACAAAUCCGACAAACACAGUGGUUUCAAUGCUAUCGUAAAGAAAAUCGGACAUGCUCAUCAUCCACAAAUCUAUGCCAAACAUCAUGGUUAUGAUGGAUUCAGUGGAGGCUAUGACGGUGGACAUGGACAUCACGAAGCAACAAGUUACAACUAUUUACAUCAGGACCAUCACGGACAUCAUUGAUUUUAUUACCACCUUUCCCAUUCCUAUAACUCUUUUAAUUAUGUGAUAUAAGUGAAAUUAUUUAUUGUAGUCUUGUGACUCGUUUUCAUCUUAUUGUAAAUAAUAGUCAGCAGAUCUUUUAAAUAAAUUUAUUUUUGCAAAGAAACAAUUUUG